AUGCUCCCCUUCCUUUUUAUUCUUCUGAAAAUCGGUAGAGGCGAUACAAUUCUCCUGGAUGGAGAUGAAUCGCGUGCAAGCUUCAUGUACAGAGGCCCCUGCGAUCUUGUCAAGCCUAUUGGUCGCAAUUCUGAAGAAGAAGAUUCUCUUUUCAAAUAUUAUCAAAAACAAACUUCCCGGCUAACUGUAGAUAAAAAAUCAGCCGCGUUUAAAAUCCAAAAUCCUACUUACCGCGAAGCCCUUCAAUGGUCCUGUUGUAAAGGACCAAAAUCUGGCGAUAGUAUAUCUGACUGUCAGAGUGCUGAAAGUCAUCUUAUCGCUACUGUACCAUUUAGCCCAGUCCAAAUAAAUCAAGUCAGUCGAUUCUUCACUCGCGACAGUGGCAGGCCCGAGCUUGUCACUAUCCUCAUCAAAGCUGACGUGGCGAGGCCACGCGUUGAUAACAUCAUACCAGCAUUUGAUCUACAGCUAGUUCUGGACGCAGAUCCCGACUCCUGCGCAGGGAAUAGAUUCACGCGAAAGUUCAACUACCGAGUACCGACUCGCCCAGCACACGACCGCAAUUCCGUCCGCUUCCUUUCAUUCUCCGACGAUCUUUUACCCCAGAACUGUCGACUCACAAUGUUUUUACAGAAACCUUGUGAGCAAUUUCCGUCUGAUUGCAAGGCAGGCGGCUUCUUUUACUAUUCUUCUUCUGUCACGCCAACAUUGUUCAACACGACCUUCUCGAGCGAGGACAAAGACAUCCAAAUCAUCGACACGGCCGAAAUCAUCACCGGGAAGAAGCUGGACGUACUAUUUCCACUCGAGCCACCUGCACCCGCUCUUUCUUAUCACGAACAGGGGGACGCGCUCUUCACAGAGCUGCCUAAAGCACCACCAGUGAUAAUAUCGGGAUACUCUGAUGCGGAUAUUUUCCACUGCGAGGCUUCUGGAUACCCGAUCCCCAUCUUGGAGCUUCACCAUCCUAAUUCAGACGACGUGCUGCAGAAGCCGAAAUGCGAAAGGACGAAAUGGAACAGAAUGGUCUGCAGAUGGCAAAUAACACCAAACCAGCGACUUUUCCCAUACACCCGCUGCCGGGCGAAGAACGAGCUUGCAACAGCAACAAAGAAUAUUCCAAUCAAUGAUCAUGUCCACCGAAUCGAGCAUUUGACAUCAGACUCAUCGAAGAUCUCAGUACAUGGAAUUAGUAACCACUCGAAAUCAAAUGUUCUCCUUGUAGCCAAGCUGCAACUGGCCCCAGCAUGGUCAGUGAGGCAGAAUAUCCUUACCUCGAGGAUGCGCGCUGGUGGAUUGAAAUGGAAACUGAAGUACGAAGAUGUGCUCGUAGAGUACAAGAAAACUCUACUCAAAGAAGUGGAGUUCGUCAAAGACGGCAGUCCUUCUUCUUUCGCCUGCGGACGAAGAAAAUACACUGUCGAGCUUGACGAUAAGACGUGCCUCAAACCAGAGGGAAAGUGUUAUGCCUUCAUUAGACUUGAAAUACUCUUCCCCGAUGUCGACGACUCGGGUGAGUAUCAGGUCUCGUUGGUCAACGCCUCGCCUCACAACAAAUAUCGCAUUUCUCAGAGUGUACGGAUCGACAUCAACGAAGAACCCAAUCCGUUUACGCGAGAUUUAUAUUUGCCCAAGACCCCGGAUGGUAGAUUCAGCGUCUUUGAGAUGAAACAAUGUACAGUUCUCAACUCGGAAUCAAUCGACUGCAGAUGGUGGCCCUCAUUCAAUACAUCGCAAACAACACCUAUUUAUUCUGUCCAUGCGUUCGACCAAAAGGUCUGCCUCGAUGAACUCGCACCAUACAACACAACAGUCGUCACUGUCAAAGAUAUACCCAUCCAUCCGCCCAGUUAUCAACAGCUUAUCAUUCGCGAUCUCAUACCUGGUCACUUUUACAAAGUCACUGUCUGUGCAUGGCAGCGCGACGAGAUCAACAGGCUCCAAACGGAGAGUGGCUCGCUCCUCGCUGUCAUCGACGGCCGAGGUCAACGAAAAUGCCUCAACUGGCCUCAUGUUAUCCAAAUGCCAGAAGAUCGACCAAAGUACUUUAUUGAGCCACCGAGUCUCGUUCGUGAUGCUUUAGAUCGCACAGAGUUCGCAUAUUCGACCCAAGACAUCAAAGACUUAGCUUCAGUUGACAUCAAUCGUUUUCAAGUCGUGUUUACGAUGAAUGAUCUAAACACGCGAAAUGCUCGCUUUGGGCAAUGCCGUCAUUGUCCCAAACUCCGAUUCCUAUCUCAACUUUCCGAAGGAACAAAUUCUUACGCUGGCCCUAUCCCUCGCGGAGUAAUCAUCCAACCCUUUCCUCGGGGGUUCAACGAGCAUGGAUUUGGACCUUAUUUAGACGAAAUGGAGCCGCGAAGAGACGCUGAGGAAAUAAUUGAAUCCGAUGCUACAAUUACAUCUUAUGAAAUUCAAUUUAGCGAAGUCAAAGUUCGAGUUCUCGAUUACCCUGGGGACUAUUUUGAAGUAAAGUGGAACAUCAAUCGAAAAUAUUUCAAAAAAGAACAGCUUAUUUUGAUGGAUUACGAAGGCCGAGAAAGCGGUAGAAAGAUCAUUGAUUUGAAGAAUGCACAAGAAAAAGAGCUCACGUGCUUUUUGUAUGGUGAUGAUUUCAGCUGUACAAUCUUGGUCCCGAUUCAAGCUAACAUUGUGUCGUUUGAAAGCGUCGGUGGAACUGUCAUUCUAUCAAUUUUCCUGAACAAAUACUUCCUCCAGGAAAACGAUAAAAUUGUGAAGAGUAAUCCUAACGCGAAGAAUUACUUCAUCCCUCCUUAUCUGGCUGAAGUGCGCCGAGAAGUCCACAGUUUCAGCAUCAAAGCUAUCCCAAGAACAGCAUUGUUCCAUAACGAUUUCCAGGCACUUGUGCGACCGGUAAUUUUCACGGUGAACCUUGGUCUGUAUUCUUUUACGGAAUCACCCGACAAAGAUGGACUCACAUUCCGAGAAAGAGUUGCUCUUACUCCAAGGAAGAAUGCCGACUUUAGCGCUUAUGAGAUCGAGUACGAGAUUCGUACGUGCGCAAUAAGUUCAAAGGUUGAUCCCACACCGAGAAUAGCAACGUGUCGCAAGACGAAGUUCAGCGAUGUGACGAUUUCACUAACGCAAUCUUUCGUUGGCGAAGAGGACAUCUACUCGCCCGAAAGUCUGCGUGUGUUGAUCGAGCCUGACAGAGCUGGAAUUCGCCAGGAACAUGCCAUAAUGGAAUAUGUCAAAACUAUUGAGCCGCCAGAAGUUGUCUUGUCGCCGGUUCCGAGCCAGGACUUGUUGGCAAUUGCCGACGUCUCUUCGGGGCGCCGACUUGCGUUUGGCAUUGAGAGCGAGCUAGAAGUUCAAACCGUUCCGAUGCGGAACAACUAUGCGUGCGAAGAAAUCGAAACUUUCGAAGAAGUCAAAGAGUCGUACACAACAACGACCUUCGUCCUUCCUAGGCUCGGUACUGACGGAGUCAGUUUCUACGGAGCACUCGAAGAUAGUGCCGACGAUUAUGAGUUGGAGGAGCUAAGGACUCACAUUGGAACUCGAGAAAACAGUCGACGUGAGGUCCCGAUUGGACUUCCAAGUAUUGUCACACAGAAAAUCAAAUCCUUCGGUGGUAUUGAUGGUUAUGCGACGCAUUGCGGUGGUUCUCUUAUCGGAUGCAUCAACACUUUUAUCAAUUGGUCACCGAGACAAAAAUCGAUCAAAGGAAACGGAUUGCUUCAAUUGCCUCAAUUAUCACAGAGCACAUAUUAUGGAUACGACAGAAACGGCUGUCACUACUGUUACAGAUCAAGAUAUGUCUUCCGGGGUCUUGAACCUGCCCUCGCUGGCGAGAGCGGUCUGAAAGGCAACUGGAGUGCUGGAAGACACUACGAAAACGUAGGAAAAUUAGAAGACACCUGCAUCUGGGCUGAGAAGCCUGUUACCCAGAAACUGCAAGUGCUGCCUUCUACCGUAGAAAAAACAUUUGACACUCAACCUACACCCACAAAACCUGACCCACCCAUUUUACCGACGAGCAUAGUAGUCAAAGUCGGCGUACUGAUCGUAGUGAUGCUGCUUUCCUGCGUAUGCGCUUUGAUGAUCCUGAAGAGGCACUGCUGCCGUAAAGACGAGCAUCACCACGCUGCGAUACGCCAUCAUAAUUCGCGAACAAAUAGACACGAAUACUUUCCGGGCAACAUUGGAAGCCGCUGCGAUGUUGGCGGCCACCCGUCCGAGCUGUCGGAGGGCAACGGCAUAAAUGAUUGGGCUUCGUCGAAAUCGUUAUCGUCAAUGUUGACGGAAUCGUCAUCACGCUCGCGGCUUGAUGAUUCUGUUGGCUACGCUUUGCUACCCGCUGAUUGGUCUUUGGCAUGCUCAAGUGCGCCAGCUAUAGUGCCACUCGUUUCAGAUCACACCUCUUCAUUCGAUUCCGGCAUCGAUAGGCGUUCGGUGACCCCGCCUGCGUCAACCUCAUCGAACACCUACGCCCCACCACCAGCAGCACCACCGAAGAACAAUAAAUAG